CACAUUCUCAAACUUGCGUUCUUUCACUUGCAUCUGAUAUGUGUUUCCAUCCCAUGAAGAUCACGCUGGCGUUGAUCUCACCUGAAUCCCAUCACAUGCUGGAUGUUUUUACUUCUUAGAACUUUUAAAAUCUUUUUUUGGGGAUAUUUUGUAUCACAGUACCAGCUGAAUGUGGUGGUCCCAUCAGUGCAGGAGCAAUGUCAUCUCUACUUUCUCAAAACAAAGAUGAGCCGCUUGUCAGAAAAUCACUCUCUGACUCUUGUCCAGCUCCAUCUGCUGCCAACACCAGGAGCCUGAGGCAUGAAAGGCUUUUAAGAUUGGACUCAUCCAGCUCAUCUGAUGUUUCCAAUGUCACGUCAACAAACCUUGCAGAGUCCUACUUUUUACGAAGGGAGAACAGACUGUCGGCAAAGAAAAGGGCAGAAGAAGAGAAGAUGAACAGUGACUACAAAAAGAUGUACGAAAAGGCACUGGCAACAAAUGAAAGGCUCAAGUUCCGACUGGAGACUAGUAAACAGGACCUGGCUACAGUUCAGGACCAGCUGCAGAGAGCACAGAAGGGGAAACAAGAUGAUUGUAACGUGAACAUGCUUGAAGCAGAGAAAAAGGAAAGUUGGAGCCUUAAAAAGAAGAUAUCGGAUAUGGAAGAACAGUUAAAGGUGAAAGCUGAGCUGAAGCUGGAAAACCAGAGGCUGAAGGAUGAGAAUGGAGCUUUAAUCCGUGUCAUCACUAAACUCUCCAAGUAAAACAGGAUGCAGGCAGGGGCGAGGAAGGGGGAAGACAUAAAGAGCUAUUUUUAUAUCCAUUUAAGGAAUAAAUCAACUUCUAAUAUAACGUCUGAAAGGACUGUGGUUCUGCUGAAAUUUUCUAAGCUUUAUCCCUUCUUGUAAUUUUUGUUGUGUAAAAUAAUUUAAAAAAUGCCUUUAAAAGGCUGCAGUUCUAGUUUUACAACAUUUCUGCAAUGAUGUGAAAUCCAGUUGUAGACCUUCAUACUGUUGCCAUUUUAUUUAGAGUAGUAACACAUUCGGAGACUUAACAUGCAUUUAGUUUUCUUUACAGCCAAAAACAUAAAUACAUAGCAGUGGAAAUUAUGUUCACUUCAAAUAAAUGCAUCAACCAUUAGAUCUAAAGCUCAUGGCUGGAAAAGAUUGAACUAUAUGUAUCAGCAGUUUGUAACUCAUAUAUCAAUUCACAGUGCCUUGGGAAAGUAUUCAUACCCCUUAAACUUUUCCAUAUUUUGUCACAUAAACCACAACAUUCAAUAAAUGUUAUGAGGCUAUUA